AUGGCCAAGGGUAAAGCAAAAGGCCAAAAAGGGAAAAAGAUCACUUUGAAAGCUGCCAAAAAUUCCAUCAGGAUCACUUUUGAUGGAAGGCGCCGUCUUGACUUAAGCAAGAUGGGUAUCACCACCUUCCCCAAGUGCAUUCUGAAACUGGCUGAUGUGGAUGAACUUGAUCUGAGCAGAAACAUGUUAAAAAAGAUCCCAGACAGCAUCCAGAAGUUUCAGAAACUGCGCUGGCUGGACCUGCACAGUAACCAGCUCGAGGAGCUGCCUGAGGCAAUAGGCAUGCUCCAGAACCUCGCAUACCUGAACGUAAGCAACAACAAGUUAACCACCAAAAAUCUGCCAGUGGACCUGAACCUCCUCAAGAACCUGCGCACUCUCAACCUUGGCUUGAACCGCCUUGACAACAUCCCCACCACCCUUGGGGCCUUGAAGGAACUUAAGGAGGUAAGUCUCUUUGACAACUUCUUGACCGCCAUUCCAACCAGUGUGACAAAGCUCCCCAAGCUCAAGAAACUAAACGUGAAGAGAAAUCCUUUUCCUGAUCCAACACAGCAAGAAGAGCAUGUUGACUCCAUAAAACGCACAGAAACUCUUUAUUUAGUGCAAGAGAAAGACCUGUGCUGUUCCUGUCUGAAGAUGUGUCAGGAUGAAAGGGACAAGCUGAACAAACUAACAAACACGAUACCUAGCUCCUCAAAGAAGCCAAAUUUCCCCUCCCUCCUUACGCCUAAUUCCACUGCAAAGGAUAACCAAGAACAAUGGAGAUAAGAUGCAAACAUCCCUGAUAUCUACCAAGGCACUCCACAGAGCUGUC